AUGAGAAUUUGGGUUGCUUCUCUGAUAUUCUACGGGUCCGUGUUUGCUAUUUGUGAGCUUCUUCGAUUUCUAGUCAUUAAAUCUUUCGAUAAUCCAAAACGGAUAUCUGCUCUUCUGAUUCUAGAGUUUAUCGGAACAUUGCAAAUAUGCGUUCCAAUGUUCGAUGUAGGCACUAUUUUGGAUAAUUAUGGACUAUUGGGAGUUUUUGUCGAGAUUACAGUAAUCGAGUUGGCAAAUUGUUAUUUUCAAAGAGACGCUGUCGCCCAUCCAUGUCCAUUGGUAACAAAUUGUUAUCGUAAAAGCAAAGCCAUUCGCAGAGGAAUCUACGUUUUCCUAGUUCAAUUGGCAGCAGCGUAUUUCUCCUAUUUCGUUGCAAAACUAUUCUGGAGUUUUGGUGUUCAUCCGAUCCAUUUGGAGCUUUUAGAUCAAGACUCAUGCACUUCUGAUCUUACUGUAACAAUAACAACGGGAUGCAUCAUCGAAGGCGCUGCUACGUUUUUAGCAAAAUGGUUCGAAAAAUGGGUUGAUCAGAGAUAUGAUGGAGAUACAAAAUUGUGUUCUGUUGUCAAUUGUGUUUUUUCGGGACUUCUUUGUGCGAUUGGAAUCAACUAUACUGGAAUGUAUGCCAAUCCAAUUGUUGCAUGGGCCUGCACCUUUAAUUGUUUGGGAGUUUCACACGCUGGACAUCUUUUUGUCUACUGGCUUAGUCCAUUGAUAGCCUGGUAUUUUGCAGAAAUUGCGUUCGGAUCUGAAGACGUGAUUGAGGAGGAGGAAGAGCAAACAGAAUCACAGAAAGAGUCAAAAAAGACUGAUUAG